AUCACUGAAGGAAGGGCAAGCGCAGACUGCGUGGUUCCAUCAGCGACCUGCAAAUCAUCGGCUGCGAUCGAGAUCCCCUUGCGGCACUCCAUCGCCAUGACUCGCUCAACGGAGACUCGGCAUUCUUCAGCCGGAAAUGCCGCGGCCAAUGAUUCGGCCCCGAAUGGCGCUGCUGCUGGGGACCCUCAGCUUGCGCACAUUGGCAACGAUCGGGCGAGUUGCGCAGGCGACGAGAAUGGACGAGGGAUGAGUACGUGCGAGCAUGAGCAUGCAGAGGCUGCCGGAGACGAGAGUGACGAGGACGGCAUUGGCACCGACGAGCAGCAACAGCAGCAGCGAUCGAACGGCUCGAGCGAUGACAAGAAGAAGAAGAAGAAGAAGAAGCGAAAGACUACAGCGCAAAAGAGUGCGGCCAAGAAGCUCGCAGCUGUGCCAGUGUCUCACGUCGAUCAAGCUUUGCCUCUGCCCGAUGGAGUGCGAGCAGAGUACUUUGACAGCAUCAAGGGCAAAGGUCUGGUGGCUACGCGAGACUUUAAAGAGUCGGAAGUCAUCUUUGUCGAGAAUGCCUUCAUCGCUGCUCCACCUGCCAUCGCUGUGGAUCAAGUGUUUGACGGAUCGCUGUGCUCGGACUGCUUCCAGCCGCUUCAGGGAGGCAUGUUGGUCACGCGGUGCGGCAAGAGCGCUUGCAAGACCAGAUUCUGUAACAGAGUCUGCGAGCAGCGUGGGCAGAGUAACCAUCAUCGAGUGCUGUGCGUCGGUCAAAAUCCCAGCAUCACACCGUUUCUGGAGUAUCUGGCACAACACAAAUGGUUGUCGCUUCACAACGUGGCGCGUCAGCUCGCGCGCGUGCUCAUGACUCACAGCUCAUCACCGCCAUCUUCGCUGCUCCACAAUGGGGGUCCCGCCUCUGCCAAGCCUCCAGCGAGAGGCAUCCCUCUCCCUGCAGCUACGUUGGAGGAGACGUUGGAUCACCUGAAAGCUUUCGCCACCGUUUCCGAGCUUCAAAGACGGGCUAGGAAUCCAGCUUGGAGCGUGGAGCAGAAGGGCUUUGAGAGCGCGAUGAGGGAAGGCUUGAGAUUGCUCAAGCUAGGGCUGGACCCUUGGGACGAUGCUGAAGCAGGUGCUCCGAAGGCGGAUGGGACCAAAGGACCGAUCAGGAGUUUUCCAAAGGAACAAGCGAGAGAUUUGUUUAGCUGGGAGUCCUUCGUCAAGCACCUAGGCCGUGCAAAUCUGAACAUGGAAUCUCAAGGUGGCCUCUACCUCGUUCAAUCCAUGUUGAACCACAGCUGUGACCCAAACGUGCGGACCAGCCAUCCCCCGUCCAACAAGGGAGUGAAGCAAGCCACAAAGAUUGGUGCAUUGGCUUUGAGAGAUAUCAAAGCGGGCGAAGAGCUGUUCAUCUCGUACGUGCCGCCUCAAUACUCCUUAAACAGACGCAGAUUGGUGCUCUGGCGUGAUUGGAUGUUUGGACCGUGUACAUGCGCACGCUGUACCAGCGAGCUGCUUGCGCUUCCUUCCGAAGAGCGAGAGGCGCAUGAGCAUGGAGAAGCUUGGAAGCAGGGCGACAGCAAUGAUCAAGCUGCCAUGCGUAAAGAGGCUGAAGAGAGGAAAGCGCACUCGGAAAUGCUAGAGAGAUUAGAGGAGGAGAGGAACGCAAAGUUGAAAAAGGAAGGCAGGACCGCUAAAGACCUCGCUGGCUUGGAAGACGAGUUGCGCGGCUCGCUGGGGCUGUAGCAGGCCUCGACUAUCACAUGUACGCGACGAGCGCAAACUCGACACACGCGUGAUCAUUUUGGGUGCAUGCC